UAUGAAUUUUGACAUGUUAUGUUUUUCAAAAAUUAAAAUUGCCUCAACUUAUUUCGUUUAAAAUGUCUGUGUUGUUGCAGACUGGAAAAGUAUAUUUAUUAAGAAAGCAAUUCAACAAUAUCUUCAGUAAAUGUAUAUUUUACAGAAAAAAGUCAGAUGUAUCACGGAAAUUUGUGACUUUCGAUGAGAUUGUGGCUCUAAGGAGAGCCGAGGCACGUCGCAGUCUCGUCGUUCAAGUGAAUUCAGAGUCCUCGUUUAAUGAAUUGCACGGUUAUUGCUCUAAAUAUGCCUCCAUCAAUGACAUUCAUCACUAUAGGAAUUCCGGAGGAGAGCAUUUCAUGCUCAUAGAAUUUAAUUCAGAAGAAAACCUAAAAGAUGUAUUAAAAUCAUGCAGUUCACAUCAAAAAGAUGUAGAUGUGAUGGGUGUCCAGUCGCCUUUCCUCUGGUUCAGGGCUUCCUCAGGGGUUAGAGAGAAAUAUGAACAAAGCAUAAAACAGUUGGCAGUUAAAGAUGGCAGUAAGUCUGUAAAUGAAGAAGUCUUAUAUGAGGAAUUGUUGAACUGUGACUCAGUGUCAGAUCAGAUACAGAUGUUAUACGAUAGAACAGUGCUGAAUGAUAUAGGAGUGAGGCUCAGAUAUAUGGUGGCUAGACAGCUGGAAGUUGUAUUUAGUAGUCUGUACGCAAACAUUAGAGUGCAGCCCUUUGGCUCAUCCGUUAAUGGAUUUGGAAGAAUGGGCUGUGACCUAGAUCUUGUCCUUUCCAAUAAUUUGGAUGAACAUAAUCUGAUUAGUUUUGUCACACAGUCGUCACAGAAACAUCGCCUAGUGUACCAAGAGAAGAAGUCGGAGGGCGCGCGCAGCCCCAGCCAGCGGCACAUGGAGCUGCUGGGCGCGCUGCUGGAGCUGCGCGUGCCGGGCGCGGGCCGCGUGCAGCGCAUACUGAACGCGCGCGUGCCCAUCGUCAAGUACUCGCACGAGCUGGCCGACGUGGACUGCGACCUGUGCUGUAACAACACGUCGGGCGUGUACAUGUCGGAGCUGCUGUGGGCGCUGGGCGCGCUGGACGCGCGCGUGCGGCCGCUGACGGGCGCGGUGCGGAGCUGGGCGCGCGCGGUGGCGCUGACCAACGCGCACCCCGGCCGCUGGCUCACCAACUUCCCGCUCACGCUGCUCGUGCUGUUCUUUCUGCAGCAGAAGCAGAGCGGACCCAUCCUGCCGUCGCUCAACUACCUCAUCAGUUUGGCCGGCAAAGAAGACAUUAGAGUAGCCGAAGAAAAUCUCAACUGCACGUUCCUACGAGAUCUAAACAAACUACCCACAGAUUCGUAUUCUCAGAACGAUGACGACUUGCAAACUCUACUGUUCAAAUUCUUCGAGUUUUACUCACAAUUCGAGUUUCAAGACAAAGCCAUAUCUAUUAACGAAGGCAGAGCCAUUCGGAAGCCCAAUUCAUUACCACUUUACGUAGUUAACCCUCUAGAACAAUCCCUUAAUGUUAGCAGAAAUGUGAGCUACGAGGAAUGCGAAAGGUUACGUUUAGAGGUAAGAAACGCCGCGUGGCAUUUAGAGUCUUGCUUGGAUGGUCACAAAUCGGACGAUUGGGGUAUUUUGGGUCUUGUAGAACAAAAAUCUUCUAGGGGGUUAAAGAAGUUAUUACGAGUUGGCAACUCUCAUAGGUUAGUGUCUGUAAAAGAUUUGUUCAAAGACAAUGAUGAUGUUGAACCUUCUACAGAGGGAAUAAGGUCUAAAAUGGAAAAGUUUAAAAAGGUAGAUAAAUUAACGGAUACAAAUAAAGAGAAGAAGAGUGAGAUGAGGUUCAAAAAUAGCCAAACAGCCAGAGAAGUGUUCAGGAUACGAAGGAACAAACUUAUUUGAGAACCACUGGACAAUCUCGACUGUUUCGUGUUGUGUGUGUGUGUGAAUUAAAAUUGCUCCAACAGUGUUAUAGGGACAGAGUGCUGGGGACUUACAAUACUGAGGUUAUUUUGAUUUGUAAAUUGUGUGAUUGUUGAUUGGUCUUCAAUAACAGCAAUAUAUAGGUAUUUAUAGCAACAUUGUUAUACAUAACUCAAAUACAAAAUUAUUUUGUUAAGUAAAGAAGAAAUUCUUUCUUAAUGUGUAUAUACCUAAGUCUGUGUGUUUCUUAACGUGGAUAAAAGUAUCCACCAUUAGAUUUGUCAUAUAUCGUUGUAAAAUACUUGUGCCUGCAAUGAAAAUGUAUAUCUGAAUUUAUGUUGAAAACUGUAAAACUUGACUGCUUCCUAAUUUUUUCGAGCCUGUUAUAAGCCACUCACGUAACGUAAAUUAGUAUAGGUAUAUAUGUCAUAUAUAUAUAUAUAUAUAUAUAUAUAUAUAAUUCUCGUGUCACAAUGUUAGUUGCCAUACUCCUCCCAAAUUGAUUUGUGACCGAUUUUGACGGAGUUUUAAAAUGUACAUUCGGUAGUCAUUAGUGUUAUGGAUGGUUCAUCUCAAUUUUUUUCAAGGCAACAUUUUCAGUGUCAUCUAGUAUUAUGUAUUUGACAGAAUCAUUAGCCAGAUUACUUGUAUUAUUACAUGAAAAUGUUCAGAUUUGGCUUUUUUACCAAAUCUGUUAACUGUUUUGUAUAAUUCACAGAAAAACGUACACAUUCUUUAUGUACUUGCCUAAUUUUUGCGAAUAUAGGUUAGGUUUAGUAAAAUUACUGAAAGACUAUUUGAUUUUAUAAUCAUUUAUUAGUUAAUUAAAGAAAAUACAAAAUAGA